AUGUCGACAUCACCUUACCUAGUUACUGAUUCUUCAGAAGAAUCUUCCCAUGAAAAUGCCCAAUGUUCUCUUCAAAAAACAGAAAAGCAUAUCGAUAAUUCCAAAGGAAAACAAUUAAAAAAACGAAAGCUUGAAUCCGUUCAUAAAUACCUCGAUGAGCUUAGUGAUGAGCUCGAAGCUUCCAAGUUCUGUAAGCGAUGCAAAGAGGACGU